AUGGGGCGAACUAGCCAGAGCUCACAUCACCCUGUCGAGAUACUCAUCCGUGAGGCUCAAGAAGAAUUCCAACGUCUCAUUGGCCGGCAAUCUAAGACACUCGAGUCUGCUAAGACUGAGUACCAGAGAAGGUACGCACAACACCCACCCCCUGGGUUUGACAAAUGGUUUUCCUACGCAAAAUCAAAGGGCUCGCUUCUGAUUGAUGAUUUCGACAUGAUUAACGAGGGGUUGAGUCGGCUUUGGAGAGUUGACACUGGACGCCUUCAUGAGAACAUCGAUCAUGCGUCUGGGUUGGAGCAUCUUGCCCUAACAAAAUGCGGCUUUCGGAACGGACAGUACUUUACCCAAGGACAUCAUUGGAUUGCCAACGACUUCGGAAACCUUCUCAAAGAAGUAUCCCAGGAUAUCCCAGAUGUUGAUUUUCUGUUAAAUCUAUUGGAUGAACCCCGAAUUAUUCCGACGCCGCAGAUAAUCGCUACUGGUGAUGCAUCAAAGCCUCGAUUUUUCAAAGCAAACCACCUUCCAAUAUGGAACCACACGAUUGGCUUUUGCGUGCAGGAUCCGCUUAGUCAGAAACCCUAUACCACCUACGACUUCAAGAUACCGUUGGUUCGAGAUUGGUAUAGAGAAAAAGAUGUCUGCUUGCAUCCGGAGUUUGCCCUUACACAUGGUUUCUUCUCAUCGCCAAUGACGGCGAUCCUCACAAACACUCACCUUCCUAUCUUAUCUCAAGCAGUUCCGACUUCUUUUGGAGACAUUGUGUACCCCAGUACUUGGUAUGCCGACAAGAUGGAUCAAGGAGAUUACGAUGAUGAGAGGGACCCUCCAUGGGACCAGAAAGCCAAGAAGCUCUAUUGGGCCGGGAGUACGACCGGCAGUUAUAGUUGGAAUGGUAGCUGGCGGCAUUCCCACCGCCAACGCUUCGUCAAAUUGGUACAGACUUUGAACAGUACUAACUACACGUACCUCCGAGAAUCCAAGCCCGGGCACUGGGUGAGCUACCAGGCAAUCGAGGAUCACAACAGCUUAUUUGAUGUCAAAUUUACUGAUGUCAUUCAAUGUGAUCUUGUGGACUGCAAAGAGCAAAAUCAGUUCUUUACAGUUGGCGAAAGAGAAGCCCAGAUCCAGCAGUUUCAUGCUCAAUUCGCGUUUGAUAUCGACGGCAACUCGUUCAGUGGGCGGUUUUAUACUUUGUUGCAGUCACGAAGUGUCGUUCUCAAGCAAUCUGUUUUCCGUGAAUGGCACGACGAGCGUCUUGUGCCGUGGGUGCAUUUCAUUCCUAUUAGCUUGUCUAUGGACGAACUGCCAGAAAUCAUGCGAUACAUGACGGCUCACGACGAUGGAAAGAAGAGGGCACGAGAGAUUGCUGAGGCUGGUCGGGAAUGGCAUGGAAAGGUUUUAAGAAAAGAAGACUUUACAAUUUAUCUAUACCGACUCAUGUUAGAAUUAGCGAGGGUCAUUGAACAUAUACGACCGGUUGAAGGCUAAGAUGACGACUGCUUGUUCUCCUGU